GAGAAACCUUCCUUCCCUUUGAGAGGCUGAGAAACCUUCCUUCCAUAAAACAGAUACAAAAUAUUUGCUUAUAAGAAAUGGCAAUGAUGAUCAUCUCCUACUUCUUCUUGUUUGUGGUAAUUUUCAUCUUACCCGCCCACGUACAAGGCCGAAAUGAGUGUGCUGAUUCAUUACAGUGUGCAAGCCACGGCCCAGCCGUCCGAUCUCCUUUCCGACUUCAAGACCGACACCCAGACCACUGUGGCUUUUAUGGGUUUCUUCUGUCCUGCACUGAUAAAAACCAAACGGUGCUCCACCUACCGGAUUCAGUAGAACUGUUUGUCGAAAACAUUGACUACAAAUCUCGGAGAAUCCAAUUGUAUCAUCCACACCGUUGCUUUCCAAGAGAUAUUCGGCAUCUCAAUUUAUCUUCCUCGCCUUUCCAGUUCACACCAGAUCCAGAUUACCCUUUAGCUGACUAUGCCUUUUUCGGUUGUUCCCGUAAAAAAACAGAAGAAGAUAAAUACACUUGGACCUCUUGUCUUAGUGGCCCUAACCACCAAGUUCAUGCCUUGGCUUAUGAAGAUUCCAUCACCAGCUUUCCCUUACCCCCUUGUAGAAGGAUUUAUGACGUUAGAUCGAUCCCAAGUUAUUUGGUAUCCAGAGAAACUAUUUACAUGAAUUGGUCCAGAGAAACUAUUUACAUGAAAUUAAAUAUAUAUAUACAUAUAUACACACACACACGCAUAUAUUGAAGUGUUUUAUAUCCUGAAUGUUAUUCCUAAAAUUUGGAAGAAAACUAAAAUUAGAAAAAAAUAAUAAAUAAAAACCGAUGCCGGUUGUGAAUAAUAAAUAAUCUCUCUUUUUUUUAAUUUCACAAGCAUGAUGAGAAUCUGAUAUGUUAAAACAUUUCGCAGGUACGUCAUCAACAAAAGUAGUCACCGCUGGUGCCGUCUUAGGUCCAUUUCUUGUACUACUGGUGGUCUUUGCUCUCCAACGUCUCUAUAUUAAUGAUAUGGUAGAAAAAGAAUAUCGGGCAAAGAUUGAAAAGUUCCUGGAGGAUUAUAGAAAUUUCCAGCCGACGAGAUACUCGUAUGCUGAUAUUAAAAAGAUUACAAAUCAAUUUGCUGAGAAGUUGGGCCAAGGAGCAUACGGUACAGUAUUCAAAGGAAAACUUUCCAAUCAAAUUCAUGUUGCCGUGAAGAUCCUGAACAACAGUUCCAAGGAAAAUGGUGAAGAAUUCAUAAAUGAAGUGGGAAUAAUGGGUAGAAUUCACCAUGUUAAUGUGGUUCGCCUUGUUGGCUUUUGUGCUGAUGGAUUUAGGCGAGCACUAGUUUAUGAGUUCUUAUCAAAUUACUCACUAGAGAAGUUCAUAUUUUCAACAAAUGUCAAGAACCGUUUUCUUGGAUGGGACAAGUUGCAAGAUAUCGCCAUCGGCGUUGCAAAAGGAAUUGAAUAUCUUCACCAAGGAUGUGACCACCAAAUCCUCCAUUUUGACAUCAAACCCCACAAUGUUUUGCUUGACGAUAACUUUAAUCCAAAAAUUUCUGAUUUUGGUCUUGCAAAAUUGUGUUCCAAGGAUCAGAGUGUAGUAUCUAUGACUACGGGCAGAGGGACCAUGGGGUAUAUUGCACCUGAAGUGUUCUCUAGAAACUUUGGGAAUGUGUCUUAUAAAGCAGAUGUUUAUAGUUUUGGAAUGUUGCUACUUGAAAUUGUUGGAGGGAAGAGAAAUGUUGAUGUCACAGCGGAAAGCACUAGCAAGGUCUACUUUCCAGAAUGGAUUUAUAAUCUUUUAGAACAAAAAGAAGAGUUAAGAGUCUUUAUCGAAGAUGAUGGAUAUACUAAAAUUGUAGAGAAACUUGCAAUUGUCGGACUAUGGUGCAUACAAUGGCACCCAAUGGAUCGCCCUUCCAUGAAACUUGUAGUUCAAAUGUUGGAAGGAGAAGAAGAUAAAUUAAUCAUGCCUCCUAAUCCUUUUGCCUCCUCAGGUCCUACAAAAGUUCAAGCACGGAAACCUACCACGCGUUUAGGUCAAGAUUUGGAGGUUAUCCCCGAAUUAGAUUAAGUAUAAUUGUUUAGAUUUUGUUUUGAAAUCUUGUUGUAGUUGAGCAUUAUUGCUUUUGAUUUUGCAAUCCUAAAGGAAUUCAAGGUUGUUUCUUUUCUAUGAACUUGAUAUGAUUAUAUUUGUUUAAGAUAAAAUCUAGUAGUUUGGAAGGGGCUAA